GGCAGAGGGAUUUAGGCUGGCGGCUGCCGGGAGGGCCAAAACGCAAGCGCCUCGGAAAUCGAUUCGUUUUGUUACGAUAUUGCUUUCGAACCAUUACGAAAAUGUCAAUUUCUUGUCAAGAAUAUUGUGCCAAAUAUAAAGAAAAUGCGAGAUAAUAGAUUUGCACGUGCAUGGGAGAAAGAAUGGUGUUGUCGGCGUGGAAGUUGGGUUUCAUGACAUAAGACAAACGCUUCCGCUUAUCCAAAGUUUCCUCAAGAAUGGGAAGUACGUCCUCAAAAUUUAAAAAGUAUAUGCAACACGGUGACGAAUAUGCAGCUAUGCAAAUCUAUCAAAGUUCACCCGAAUUAAAGAAGAAUCUAGAUCCUAAUUCCAGUUAUGGUGAAAGUCAUAAUCAUAACACGGCUUUGCAUUACGCUGCGAAACACGGUAUGAAACAUCUACUUCGCGCUUUCUUGAACGAUUUAGGAGGCAAUCCGAACAAAAGGAACGGUCUAAAUGAAACAGCUUUACAUUCGGCUUGUCAACUAGAACAAACUAAAAGUUUUAGUGCACAAGAAAGGAGAGCUGCUUGCGUUCAUUUGCUGCUCUAUUGGAAAGGUGUCACUUUGAAUAAUGGUGUUCGAGAAAAAAUGGAUAUAGCCGCACAAGAUAAGGAAGGGAACACUGCGCUUCACUACGCAGCUCAAACUGGUUUAAAAAGAUGCGUCGAAUUGUUAUUAAGUCAUGGUGCAACUCUUUUUGUGGAAAACAACGAUAAACUAACACCAUGUGAUUUAGCUAUGCGGGGAUCUUACCACGAUAUCGCUAGAUUAUUGGAAAGCAGAAUGGUUUUUGCGGGUACUGCUAUAGUAAAUGAAGACGAGUUAAUGGGGGAGCAAGAAGUUUAUAGCGGAUUGAGAAGUCAAGAUCUACAAGAAGCCAAAGAUCAAUUAUUAGUAGAUACUUCUGAUAUGCUAAAAGUACCUCUAUUCACAGCUGAAGCACUACUAAGAAAUAAUGAAUGGUCAAGAGAGCUUCUUCUAGAAAAAUGGAUGAAAGAUCCUGUGGAAUGUUGUCAACAAGCAGGCGUUCAAGCUCCCUCGUUCGCAUCUCAAAACAGUUCUUCAUUUGACUCUAGUAAUUCUACGGAUUCCAACGCAGCUGAUGAAACUGAAUUUCUGUGUGAAAUUUGUUUAUUUACAAUAUCAAAUUGGCACCAGCCGGUGCAAAUGUCUUGCAAACACACUUUCUGUAAAACGUGUUGGGAAACUUAUCUCACGACCAAAAUCCAAGAUGGAGACGCUCAUCACAUCCUUUGUCCAGCAUUCCAAUGUGAUAUACUAGUUCCGGUUGAGUUGAUAGAAAAAUUAGUAACUCCGAAUGUAGCUAGACGAUAUUUACAAUUCGAUAUAAAAGCUUUCGUCGAAAGUAAUAAAAGUAUAAAAUGGUGUCCGAUACCUGGUUGUGGUCGAGCUGUACGUCUUCCGGAUGCCGAACGAAUAACUAACGAAAACUUGAAUAAAAAAAAUCAGUGCGGCACGUCGCACGCAGUUGACUGUGGAAACGCACAUUUCUUUUGCUGGGAAUGUUUAGGUGAAGCUCAUGCUCCUUCAGGCUGCAAACAAUGGAAAGAAUGGCAAUCAAAAAUAAGCGAAAUCAAACCAGAAGAAUUGAAAGCUUCUUGUAGCGGCUCUGAAGACGCAGCAAAUUGUCUUUGGUUAGUUACUAAUUCCAAGCCUUGUCCGAGCUGCAAAAGUCCAAUUCAAAAAAACGAAGGCUGUAAUCAUAUGAAGUGUUCAAAGUGUAAAUUUGACUUCUGUUGGGUGUGCCAGGAAUCUUGGAAACGACACAGCUCGGCAACGGGUGGAUAUUUUCGUUGUAACCGUUUCGAAGCUGUUUUAAAAGCGGACGAAAAACAAGGUUCAUUGAUUAUAGACGCUUUAGAUCGUAAUAAUCAAAUGCAAGAAAUGUCGCGUUUCCUACAUUUCUACACGAGAUUUAAAAAUCACGAAAAUAGCCGGAAACUCGAGGAGAUCCUUUUGACGAGCGUUAAACAAAAAAUGGAAAUAUUAGUGAAUAGUUUUGGUAUCACAAAAGCCGAUGAAAAUAUCGAUAAAGGCACUAAAUUUAUAGAAGAUGGUGUUCGAGAACUACUGAAAGCUAGAAGAGUAUUAUGUGGUUCUUACGUUUAUGGUUAUUAUCUCGAAGAUGACGGUUACAACAAAACUAUUUUUGAAUUCAUGCAGAAUGAAUUGGAGGAAGUGACAGAAAAAUUGAGCGAGAUGAUAGCGAGACCUUAUCUACGUACGCCAAAAUCUGUGAUAAUCCAAACGUCUGCAUUGGCAAGAAGGAAGAGACAUGAAUUUGUUAGAGCCGUUGAACAGGGUUUAAUACCACCGGAAACACCUCCUAUGUUAAGAAAAAAGAAAAAGAAAUGUUUGGAUUCUGAUUUAUCCCAAACAUCGUCAUGGUUAAAAGACUGCGAAUGGCCUGAAUACGAUACUGACGAAGAGACUGAUAUGGGUGUAACUCAUAAAACUUUCCCUUGCACCUGUAAAUCCCCGAUCAAAGAUAACCAACUUACGAAAAAUUGUGAUAAAGGUUCCGAUUACAAUAUGGAACUGAUAAUAGCUCUGGAGAUGUCGCGUUUGCAAAUGAUAGAAGACAGGAUGAAACAACAGGCGCAACAAACUCUGCCGGCGAUUACACCAGAUCCGAGCUCAAAUACAAGUAACGAAAGUUCAUCUGACGAUCAGUUGAAGCUCGCCAUUCAACUUAGUUUACAAGAAUCCACAGCCGCGAUAAGUAGACAAUUAGAAUUUGAAAGGCUUUCCAGAGAAAAAUCGAAUGCCGAGAAAACCGUUGAUUAUUUUUUGAAAUCGUUGGCGAAUCAUAGUAUAGAUUUAAGAACCAUAGAAAAGUGGAAGGAACAUGACAAUAUUCAUAUGAAUUUACCGUGUUCAGGAAAUAAAGACGGAACUUUUCAAAUUUCUGAUAUUCACGAUAACGGAUACGCUUUCGAAGAUCUGGACAAUUACGAUUGCGACGUCAGUUUAAAAAGAUCGCAUUCCACGGGAGAUUUAUGCAUACGACGUAGCAAUCGAACAUGUAUACGCACAAAUAUAGAAGAACCUCGUUAUCACCUCGAUUCGGAUCAUAGUAGUCAACAUGAAGACAAACCGGAAGAUGUAGUUCGAAGGUUGAUGGCUCUACCAGCUUCCGUUAGAAACAAACAGUUACUUUUAUUACACACCUCGUAUCCAGAAGAGGAUAGUCAGGGUCAAAGUUCGGUUGAAGAUACCACCACUUCAGAUUCUAUUAACGUCGAUCAAGAGAGCUUCAACGAAACGGUUAAAGUUGAUGCUAAUGAUGAAAAAGGUACCAGAAAAAUACCCGAAUGUAAAAAACAAACGCACAACCCCUUCUCUUUAUUAAAAACAAAGUUGUGUUCAUCGUCGCAUUUACCGAAAACGAAAGUAGUGGGUAAAAACGAUGUUAUUGAAGAGAAAAUUAGUACGAAUCAAAAUACUUCGAAAACUGAUAAAACUUUCGAAAAAUCCAAGCAGAAAGAAGAAGAUAAAAAAUUUAUAAUUAUAAGUGAAUGUAAAAGUGAAAAGCAAAGUCCGAAAAAACAUCACAAAACUUGUAAGAAAAAUAUAUUUUCGAAAUCCACUGGAUUUUUGGUAGAAGAACAACAAAAGGCUACAAGAGGCCUUUCUUCCAACCUCCGCAUCCAAAUAUGCGACAGUCCCAUUCCGAAUGCCGAAUAUUGUUUAGAAACCGACAGUUCGAACGAAUACGAAAGCGAAACCGGUAUACCGAAAUCGCCGACAUUAUUCAUUUCUGGUGUUUCCAUAUCCCGUACACCGGAACCGAAAUCGUCAGGCAUGAGUUUCAUACAAACCGGAAGAUCGUCUCGAUCAUCGAGUUUCAGUAUUCCACUGCCUUUGAGUUCGUGUUCGUUGAGUAUAUCGAGCACGAGUCUUAAUAAUAAUUCUUCGUUACCUCCGGAACCGUAUACUCCAUCAUUGAUUAAAUCGAAUACUCCGAUAUCUUCUAGAUCAAACCUUCAUACCCCCAGCACGAGUCCUUCCAGAUCAAACAAUGAAACCGGAAAGUCUAGAAGUGCUAACGAACCUGAAAGGGAGAGAGAAAUGUUCAGGUUUCCGAAAUCGUCCACAGACGGCGCUCUCAGUUCCGUUUUACACGUACAAGAAUCCAAUUUAAGUUCGGAUGAUUUCCACGAAGCUUUAUUCCUUCUGGAAAGAACCCCGCAAGUCCGGGAUUCAAAAAGGCGAAAAAAAUCGAAAAAAAGGGAAAAGGACGACAAAAAGGAAGAUCAAAGCUCCGUUUUGUGAAAACAAAAAUAUAUAUAUAAAAGACUGUUAAUUGUUAGGUGAUUUAUUUAAACGAAACGUGAUUUUGUGAUACAA